AGAUAAGAUCCUGCGUCUACAGCAGCUGUUUCUUCAGAAGUUUGGCAAUUCAGGCCGGCACGAUGCGCGUGGUGGUGAUUGGAGCCGGUGUCAUCGGGCUGUCCACUGCCCUGUGCAUCCACGAGCGCUACCACUCGGUCCUGCCAUCACUGGACAUCAGGGUCUAUUCAGACCGCUUCACCCCAUUCACCAACAGCAACGUGGCUGCCGGCCUCUGUCAGGCCUACCUCGCGGACCCCAGCAACCCACAGGAAGUACAUUGGAACCAGCAGACCUUUGACUAUCUCCUGAGCCACAUCCAUUCUCCCAAUGCUGCAAACAUGGGCCUGGCCCUAAUCUCAGGCUACAACCUCUUCCGUGAAGAUUUUCCGGAUCCGUCCUGGAAGGACACAGUUCUGGGAUUUCGGAAGCUGACCUGCAGAGAGUUGGACAUGUUCCCUGAUUACAGCUAUGGCUGGUUCAACACAAGCCUGAUUGUGGAGGGGAGGCGGUAUCUACCAUGGCUGACUGAAAGGUUAACUGAGAGGGGAGUGAAAUUCUUCCAGCAGAAAGUGGAGUCUUUUGAGGAGGUGGCAAGAGGAGGUGCUGAUGUGAUUAUCAACUGCACUGGGGUGUGGGCUGGGGCAUUGCAACCAGACCCUCUACUGAAGCCAGGCCGGGGACAAAUCAUUAAGGUGGAUGCCCCUUGGAUGAAGCACUUCAUUCUCACCCAUGACCCAGAGAAAGGCAUCUACCAGUCCCCAUACAUCAUCCCAGGGAUCCAGGCAGUGACUCUGGGAGGCAUCUUUCAGCUGGGGAACUGGAGUGAGGUAAACAACAUCCAGGACCACAACACCAUCUGGGAAGGCUGCUGCAGACUGGAGCCCUCCCUGAAGGAUGCAAAAAUUAUUGCUGAAUUGACUGGCCUCCGGCCAGUACGCCCCCAGAUUCGGCUAGAAAGAGAAGAGCUUCGCUUUGGAUCUUUAAACACAGAGGUAAUCCACAACUAUGGCCAUGGAGGCUACGGGCUCACCAUCCACUGGGGCUGUGCCUUGGAGGCAGCCAAGCUCUUUGGGAAAAUCCUAGAAGAAAGGAAGUUGCUCAGGAUGCCGCCACCCCACCUCUGAAAACACCACCUCCCCAAGGACUCCCUACUCCCCUCAGCCAACAAAUCAAUGUACCCCCCUCUAAGCUGUCACUUACUCUCCACUUCCACCCUGGCUCUUUUCUGCAAGAAGCACAAGAUGAGAGGAAAUCCAUAAGGUCCGUUCCUGGAGGCAAGUCUGGCCCUACCUGGGGCUCCCUUUGAUCACUGGAGUCUCUUUACCCACUCUGGGUCUGACAGAAUGAAGAAUAGCUGGGGGCUGACUUAUUUUAAGUCCUCAGAAGAAAGGAAAGCUCAGAAAAUCAAAGGGGCAAGCAGAAAAUUGAGGAUAAUUGAGGUUAGGUAACCUGAGGACAAAUUACAUUAACAUAUUAAAGGUUCUGAAAAGUCCUGCAGCGAAGACAUCUAUUUGAUGUUCUCUCAUCCAGUCCUAAACUUACUUGGCUAUGGAAACCUUUUUGCCCGGAGCACUGAUGCCACAGAGUACACUUGAGGGAAGGCUGUGAUAGAUCUUGUUGCAGGAAGUCACAUGCAGAGCUGGACUGUGGGGAGGCCGAACGGGUAAGGCAUUGAACUAACAACAUGAUACCCGUUCCACAUUGCUGUUGGAUUCCCAACAGCAUCAGCAACCUGCUAAAUGGCCCCAUGAGCACCAUGUAACCCCUGAGGAGGGGUCACCAGAGGGAUCAUCCCACAAGGAACCCCUUCAUAGAUAACUGAACUCACCAAGCAUAAUCCUUGUUGGGGGGGUGGCGCAAAUUUAAUGUCUCUCUUCUCUUCUGGCUGUUACCCUCUGAGAUGAAAUGGACUUCUAGAUGUUUUUGAAAGCCUUAAAUGAACCUAGAGGGCACCUUAGCAUCUUUAUCCCUAAUUAUCUGCAUCAGGCUCUGAGGUGGAAUUUGCAUCUGUCUGGGUUUUUGAGAAAGACCAGAGCCUGGAGGAAGCCUUCAUGCAUCUGGGACCUGUGGCACCCUAAGUGCUGUGACGAGGUCUUGAUUGGCCCACGCCAUGCCAUCUACAUCCACGCCAUCACUCUCUGCUCCUUCCCAUGCUGUGGCACCUGGUGGGGUCUUCAUGAAGCCUCUGCCAUGAUUUUGGCUGACACUGAGCUAAGUAGAGUGAGGGAGCCAAGAUCUAAGUUAGAGUUCCUAUCCUAAUCAUAAGAAUAAAUUAUUAAUUAUUAUUAUUA